UCCACCGCACCCACUGGAAGCUGGAGGCUGCUUGGGAAGCUGGAGCGUCCCAGUUUUAUUGUCACCAGUGAACAAAAACACGCACAGCCUUAAGUGGUCCUGCUGAACAGACAUGGCAUCCAGGCGGGGAGAGAGUGGCCAUUCAUCGCUCAGUUAGCUGACUCUGAUCUCAAUUUUUAUUUUAUUCUUAUUUUAUUUUUCCCCCCACUCAAUAGCCCAUGAAACAACACCAUGGCUAAGCAGUACGAUGUGCUCUUCCGACUCCUGCUCCUCGGGGACUCUGGGGUUGGAAAAACAUGUUUGCUAUGCAGAUUCACGGACAACGAAUUUCACCCUUCCCACAUCUCCACCAUCGGAGUCGACUUCAAAAUGAAGACGCUGCUAAUAGAUGGUAUCAAAGUUCGAAUACAGAUAUGGGAUACGGCGGGCCAGGAAAGGUACCAAACCAUUACCAAGCAGUACUACAGACGAGCACAGGGAAUCUUUUUGGUGUAUGAUAUCACGAGUGAGCGAUCUUUCCAGCACAUCAUGAAGUGGGCCAGUGAUGUGGACGAGUACGCUCCAGAUAAAGUCCGGAAGAUUCUGGUCGGGAACAAGUCAGACGACGUGGAGAAGAGGCAGGUGGCCACAGAGCAAGGUGUCAAGCUGGCCAUGGCUUAUGGAAUGGACUUCUUUGAGACAAGUGCCUUCACCAAUCACAACAUAACAGAGACUUUUACACGACUGGCUGAGCAGGUGCUGGCGGCCAACAAAAAGGACCUGGAUCUACUCCGGAUAUCCCUCAACGACGAACUGAAUCUCACUGCUCUGGAGGAAGAGGAGGGACUGUGUGACAGUGCGAGUGGCGACCAGCAGAAAGCCUGCUGGUGCUAAAUAACGGUGCACAUCUGUCUCCAAGCAUCGAUGGAAAAAUCUGCUCGAUUUUCGGCUUUAAUCUGAUAUAAAUGAGACCAACUUUAAAUCAGAUUUGGAGGUUCACCAAAUGGAUAAACUUUUCAAGGAUACAUAGAGAGACAAUUUGCCUUAAUGCACUUGGUGUACGUAUGACAAAGAGUUUUCUGCAAAGUUCAGAGUUACUUUAAUGAAAUGCAAUUCCUAUCCAACAAUUUGGCACAAAUGUUUCCGGAACGGGUGAAAAUGUAGAUUUGACAUUUUUGUUUUAUGCCAUUUUCAUCCCUAGAUUGUUGGAUGUGACUGAUCUGAAUUAUUUCACCAUGUUAAUUUUCAUUAUGAACUAUAAUUAAUUGUCUGAUAUUGAUCAUUGGGUUGGCUACUGCCCAAAAUGGUGCAAGUGCUCUGAUAAUGACUGCUUAGACUGUUGUGUGAAAUAUUACCACAAGAGGGUGCUAGGUGACUAUUAUAAUAUGAUCAAAGGUUCAGUUUUAAUUCCCUCCAUUGCAUUUUUGUUUUAUCACACUGAUAAAAGCUACCUUUAAUGGACAUAAAAUAUUAAUUUCUUAAUUUCCUUGCUUUGAUUUCUUGUAAAACAACCUGCUGACAAGUUGAGGUGUUUGAUGAGAGUAGCUUGGUGAACAGAAUUUAAAAGUUUCUGUUUCCCUGUAGCAAAACAGAAUGUAUUUUUCUAUGUUCUCUGUUUUAUUAGCAUGAAAGAAGCUGCACUCAAAACAGGUUGACAGCUCCUUGCAUUGUACAUAGCAGGUGUUUUAAAACUGAUAUUCAUGAAUUUUACCACAGUAAUGUUAGAAAUUGUUACAAAGAGCCCUAAAAAACAGACGGUCUAAAACUUUUACUUUACUUUGUUGAGAAAAUGUUUUGCUUUUUGUGUCUUUGUACAGAGUUUUGGAUGCAAUUUUCUUUCUUUUUUUGCCAUUUCUGAAGGAACAAUUGAAACUUUAGCAUGUAGGUCACAUUUCUUUCUUUUUUACUGCAACUUCAGUGAAGUUAAUCAUCUACUCAGCAUAACACAAGCAGAGCAUUUGACCAGAGUUGCCUCUUUGAAGGUCACACAGAGUAUUUAUCAUGUAAAAGAGAGCUUGACCUACUACAUUUUUGCAACUUCGUAUUACUAAAUGCUACUAAAACAAGUGUUAAUGUGUGCCAUGUGUGAUAUGAUAGUAUGUGGUAUUGAGUGAUGUAGACUGUAGAUACACAAGGUAUUAUUGUGUUGCUUUUCAGGACCAUUUCUUUUCCCUCUUGUAAACUACUUACGUGGUAAUUGUGGAACUAUAUUAAUGCAAACAUGUAAAAUGCAACUUGUUAUUCUUAGAGAAAAUAUGCUGAAUGUGUCUAAGUAAAUAUUUGAAGAUUUG